CUGGCUGCCAUGAGCUUCGCCACGCCAACGCGCAGACCCAGUCACGCCACGUCAUCCAUUCCCGACGUCGCGUCGCCGCCCCCGUCCUUCUCGCGUCGCGUGUCGGCCGUGUCGUCUGUCGGCGGCGGAGGUGGCUCGCCCUCGGUGGCAGGGUCAGAGCGCAAGCGCAGAACCCGCCUCAGGGACUACUACGGCCUCGCGACGCCCAAAGAGGGGCAGGCCCUCGACGUCGACUCGCCCGACCGCUUCGACCCGGACAGCUACUUCCACUCACUGUCAUCGACGGCCUCGCUCCCCGACCUCCUCAAGCGCGAGAUCGACCUCCUCAAUGAGAUCCGCGAGCUUGAUGGCGAGCGCCAGUCCCUCGUCUACAACCACCACCACGAGCUCAUCGACGCGAGCGACACGAUCCGCAAGAUGAAGAGCCGCGCCGAGGCCCUAGACACGUCGCUCGACGCCCUCAAGACGUCGUUCCAGUCCAUCUCGCAGCUGUCGGCCUCGCUCGCCCCGCCGCCGUCGUCCACGACCUCCACCAGCACGACUGCCGCACCGCGCUCGCCGGCCAGCCCACCUUUGACGCCCGCCCGUCCACGACUCGACCCGCUCCCCGAGUCGCCCGCGUCGCCGGCCAGUCGCGACGGGCCCGACUCGACGCCGACGCGCCGCGUGCGGUCCGCCUCGAGCGCGACGACCGUCGCCGCCACGGCGCCCGUCAAGCCCGUCGAGCCCUUCUCGCCCCUGACGCACCUCUCUGCGCUCCUGUCGCUCCCGACGCUCCUGCGCGCGCUGCUCGCGCCUUCGAGCGCCACCGCCGCCGCAGGAGGCGAGGCGCCGGUGUCGGGGCGGGCGCGCGCCGAUGCGCUGUGGGGCACGUGGGAGCCUGCGUUGCGCAGCUGGGAGGACGCGGGCGUCGAGGGCGCGAGGGAGGUCGGCAUGGAGUGCAGGGAGGUGCUCAGGGCGGGAGGGGACGCGGCGGGGAGGAGGUUCAGCGUGUCGGCCGUGUCGCAGAGAGGGUGAGGCCGGGGCGGUGCAACUCGGUGUCGUCGCGCGCGCGCGCUCUCGUG